AAGAUUCCACAACUUAGGUAUGUGGACUUUGGAGAGUGACACAACAGAACAUGGUAAAAUACUAAAAGAGAUAGACAAGGGCUUUUUAGAAUACCCCUUGGACUAUAUCAAACCGGUUCUUAAGAAUAACAUUCCCUACAAAGUGGAGAUCACUACACGUAUAGAAUGGAAUAUUAACCACCUGACUGAAAAAGGAGGAUUUGUGAUAUAUACAGAUGGAUCCAAAAAAUCAGGAAAGGUAGGUGCUGGAAUUUGGGGUUUAAAGCCACGAAUAAAUGUCAGUAUAUCAUUGGGCACAACACCCUCUGUUUUCCAAGCAGAGGUGAUGGCGAUACUGGUAGGGGCUCAGAACCUGCUGGUAUACAAAAAUAGGAAGAUAACUAUCUUAAGUGAUAGUCAAGCGGCUUUGAAAGCACUCUGUAACGAUCAGGUGAAUUCAAAGCUGGUCCUCGAAUGCAGGGAAACUUUAGAAUCACUAUCGAGGUUCAACAAAGUUACACUAGCGUGGGUACCAGGACACAACGGUGUCACUGGAAAUGAGAAUGCUGACUUUCUAGCCAGGAAAGGAGCAGAGAACACCUAUGUUGGACCAGAACCAGUGGUAGGGCUCACUGAGCAAUCGCUCAAAGCGCUACCCAAGAAUUGGUGCAGAGAUCUACACAGGAAAAUCUGGAAGUACUUGGUAGUACCUAGACAAUCUAAAAUGUUUAUUAAGACCCCUGGUUUAUUGCUGGGUGAUCUUAAUAGCAUGACUAGACAUCAAAUAAGCACCCUGACUGGUCUACUGACAGGACAUGGUCACCUGUUUAAGCAUCUUAACGCAAUGGGGGUAUCGGAAUCACCAUUGUGCAGGAAAUGUGGAGUAGAAGAGAAAGACUCAUUUCACAUCAUGUGCGAAUGUGAAGCCUUGUCCACGCUAAGAUCAAACUACUUGAAUAAACCAUUUCCUGAAAAAGAGGAUAUUAAAAAUCUAAAACCCAGAGAGAUACUUAAUUUCGCCAGAAAGACAGGACUCUUUGGUCAUCUCUAGAGGUGACUUUAUGGUUGGUAAUAUAUUAACACUUCGGUGAUAACACUUAGGUGGAUAAACCAAAUUAAGACAAUUCGGUAUGAGAUACGCACAAUGGACCAACAGGUUUGAGAGCAUGGGCAUUAUGUCCACCUCGAUAAUAACUAAAACUAAAAAAACUACAUAUGUAUUUCUAUCUGUUCUAAAGUAAUUUUUAGUUCCAUUCUUAUAUCUUAUAGGGAUCAACUUUAUUUAUUUAAAUGGAAACAUAC